AUGGCUCCUGGGGGGAUCGCAGCACACAGCGACGCGGCGGUCUCGGGUGCCACCUGCCGAGGAGGCCGCACUCAGCCACAGAGGGCCGCAGAGCAGGCCUGUUGGGCUCCCGGGGCUGGCCUGCCCCACCCUCUGGCCCCAGACAACCAGUGGGCAGUGAUUUCCUACACCCUGGCUCGCCGGCUGCGCGUGAUGGCCGCCUGGGCGCCGGGCCCCGCCGCGGAACCGCCCCGUCCCGCCCCUCUCCGCUCCGGUUGGCCGAACGGCCCGCCUGUCAACGGCUGCGGCCGGGCGGGGCUUCCGGGAAACAGUGCGGAGGGCGGUGCCGGCCCUGGAGGCCCUCGUGGGCCGAGGCCUAGGGGGGCUGGGUUCGGCGGGGCGCAGAACAGCGAGGACGCGGAGGUCGCGGGUCUGGGGAAGCGUCCGGACUCUCCCGAGGAGAUAGAGACCCCCAGAGCAGCGGGACUGCGUCCGGGUGUCGACUGGGGCGGUGUCGCUGAGGUUCGGCUCGAGCCCCCAGCCCUGCCAGGGAGGACUUCCCCUGCCCCGCGACGCGCAGCCCACCGAGGGGGCCCCGGAGCGGAAGGGUGGCUCCGGAACGGGCGCCUGCCCCCCUCCCAGGACACCUGGCACCUCCGGCGGAGUCCUUGGGCGCGGCACAGCCGAUGCGCCCAGGGCACAGGCGGGUACCCAUCUGAGCCCGCAGAGGAGCAAAACGGGCUGUCUUCUUAUCCUGUAUCCGGGCUCUUGCUUCUCACCAGCGCGCAGCCCCGCCCAGGGCUCGAAGGAGAGCCCCUCUCCCGCACCCGCUCACCAGCAGCCUCACCCAACUUGGGCAGGCCCUGCAGACCCGCCCACCUAGCUCCCCCUGGCCCAGAGAUUCCAACGCUGCAGGAGCUUACCGUGUGGCCCAGUUAACAAACGGCACCCAGCCAAGCCCACCCAAAAGUUGCCCAAGGGUAACUGAAAUCUCCCCCUCCCCCAAGCACAAACAUGCACGUCCCGACUCAUUUCAAGACUUUGAAAAAGACCGGUUUUAAACAUUUUUAAAAAUUUUAGAGUAAUGUAUAAACACACCCUCUUAUUUACACAGAAAGAAUGAUGCAUUACACGUGAGGCCCAACGUCGCUUCGCUCAGUUGGCACCCCCUCCCAGCCCCAGCCCCUCCGGUGCCGGCUCCGUGCUGUUCUCUGGGAGCUCACUCCUCUGCAGGCCGUGACAUUGGAGGGCCCCUUCGGGGACCGUCCCCGACCCCACGGGCCGUAACUGUAUCCGGUUGGCGGUCCCGCGCACUGCGCCUCUGCUAGAACAGAGCCGAGCUUGUGCCUGACGUGCACAGACACGAAGUAAAGGUGCAUAAAUGGAA